AGUCGGCCCGAAACAUUUGCACAGCGUGGAUAUUAAUUCUGGAAUACCGAUAAUCAAAGCCAAAACAAACAGAAAAUGAAACUAAUCUUAAUUUGCACUCUGUUGGUGGCCGUGACGUGUGCCGAAGAUCAAGUUGAUUUUAUCACGAACAAGUCGAAUGUGGAAUACAAUGGCAAAUUCUACUACCAAUACGAGCUGCUCGACGGCUCAAAAGCCAUACAGAACGGCGAAUUGAAAAAGAUCGGAGAGGAUCAGUACGGCGAAGCGGUCAAGGGAUAUUUCUCGUUCCCCGGCGACGAUGGCAAGGAAUACGCCAUUAGUUAUACAGCCGACGAGAACGGCUAUCGGCCAGUUGGCAAUCAUUUGCCCACACCACCACCCACGCCCGAGUCGGUGCUGAAAACCCUCAAAUACCUAGCCGAGCAUCCCUACCAGCCCAGCGAGAAACAGCUUUAGCCCAUGGACUAUCGCACCCAGCAUAUAUAUGUGAUCUUAAAUGUGAAGUCAACACCAACUGUGAACCAAAAGAACUGAACGAGUCAAGUUAAAGUUACAAAAUAUACACAAAACUAGCAAAUU